CCUUCAUUCAGCUCUUCUCCAUCUUUCAACUAGACAAAUCCCUCAAUCCCUUGUACAUCUCUCACUUCCCCACACUACUACAUCAUGGAAGACCCCACUCCCCCAAAGCACUACGUCUCCGCCCCCUCCGCAAAGACAUUCAUCCAAUCCAUCCUCACCGGCAACGGCGUAUCCGCCGACAACGCCGCCAUCAUCACCGACUGCCUCAUCCAAGCCGACCUCCGCGGCGUCGACACGCACGGCACCAACCGCAUCCCAUCAUACAUGGAGCGCAUCCGCCAAGGCGUACUAGACCCGGCCGCUACCCCAACACUGACGCAGGUGACGCCCGUGGUCGCGCAGGUCGACGCACACAACGGGUUCGGGUUCGUCGGUGCGCAGAAAGGCAUGGCGCGCGCGAUCGAAAUGGCGCAAGAGUUCGGCAUCGGGCUGGUCUCCGUCAAGCACUCGAAUCAUUUCGGCAUGUCCGCGUGGGUCGUCCAGCAGGCGUUGGAUGCGGGGAUGAUGAGUCUGGUGUUUACGAACUCGUCGCCUGCGUUGCCGGUCUGGGGAGGUCGUGAGAAGCUCAUGGGGGUCUCGCCGAUUGCGUGCGGUGCGCCGGCGGGCAAGCAGCGGCCGUUUAUUCUGGAUAUGGCGCCGUCGGUGGCGGCGAGGGGGAAGAUUUAUAAGGCUGCGAGGCGCGGGGAGAAGAUCCCCGGUGACUGGGCGCUCGAUGGCGAAGGGAAGCCGACGGAAGAUCCGAAUCGUGCGUUGGAGGGCGUGAUGCUGCCAAUGGGGGGCCCGAAGGGGUCGGCGCUGUCGGUCAUGAUGGAUGUGUUUUCGGGUGUGUUGUCGGGCUCGGCGUUUGCGGGCCAUGUCACGAAUCCGUACGAUCCGUCGAAGCCGGCGGACGUGGGCCACUUCUUGGUGGCGAUCAAGCCGGAUCUGUUCAUGGGGUUAGAGGAGUUCAAGGAGCGCAUGGAUUAUUUGUAUCAGAGGGUCGUGGGGUCGGAGAAGAUGGCCGGCGUGGACCGGAUUUACUAUCCCGGGGAGAUUGAGCAGAUUAUGCACGAGGAGAGGCUGAAGACGGGGAUUCCGUAUGUUCAGGCGGAGGUGGAUGCGUUGAAUAAGGAGGCAGAUCGGGUGGGCGUGGAUCAUGUGGUGGUUUCGGAGGUGAGGUAAUGGCUUUUAUGUUUUUAUGUUUUUAUACCUAAAAUAAAUGCU